AUGUCAGGCAAAGAAGAGCAGUCCUUUACUAUCCAGCCCCAUCCGGCUACCGAUAACACUGCACCGCAUGAGAAGUCGGGUGCCAAUGCAGGCCUAGCAUCGCAAAUGCAAGGGAAAGGACCGCACAUUCUGGACAAGGAAGUGGCAGAAGGCCUGGAGAAGCCAAAGAGCGCAGAAGAGCUGGCCAAUCUCAAGGCAGCACUCAACAAGUGA